AACGUCACCUAAAUUCUAAUACGUUGAUUUUUCCCGUUGUCGGAGGAACAGACCCUUCAUCCAUGGCGGCGAAGAAAAACGGUGCUCUCUCUCUGUGCUUUGAGGUUCUUUGCCUAUGCAUGUUAUCGGCGGUGGCGAUCGAGGGGAGAGUAGUGCCUCUAUUGCAGAGCUAUCAUAAAUCCGGUUUUCGAUCAACGUUUCGUGCGCUAUACGAUACUUCUAAGUAUGGUAUUCUCCAACUCAACAACGGCUUGGCUCUGACGCCUCCCAUGGGAUGGAAUAGCUGGAAUUUCUUUGCCUGCAAUAUCAACGAGACAGUCAUCAAGGAAACAGCUGAUGCACUUAUCUCAACUGGUUUGGCUGAUCUAGGUUAUGUGCACGUCAAUAUAGAUGAUUGCUGGUCUUCAUCAAAGAGGAAUUCAGAGAAUCAAUUGGUCCCUGAUCCAAAAACUUUUCCAUCGGGAAUUAAAGAUCUUGCUGAUUAUGUACAUGCAAAAGGCCUUAAACUUGGAAUUUAUUCUGAUGCCGGGAUUUUUACAUGUCAAGUUCGACCAGGGUCACUUUAUUAUGAAAAUGAUGAUGCAGAAAUGUUCGCUUCUUGGGGUGUAGAUUAUUUGAAGUAUGACAACUGUUUCAAUCUAGGCAUCAAGCCUGAAGAACGAUACCCACCAAUGCGUGAUGCUCUAAAUGGAACUGGCCGCACUAUUUUCUAUUCAAUAUGCGACUGGGGAGAGGAUGACCCAGCCUUAUGGGCCGGCAAGCUUGGAAACAGCUGGCGAACUACUGAUGACAUUAAUGAUUCAUGGGCAAGCAUGACUACAAUUGCCGAUCUGAAUGACAAAUGGGCAGCCUAUGCGGGACCCGGUGGAUGGAAUGAUCCAGAUAUGUUGGAAGUUGGCAAUGGAGGCAUGACAUAUCAGGAGUAUCGAGCUCAUUUUAGCAUCUGGGCUUUGAUGAAGAGCCCUCUUUUGAUCGGUUGUGAUGUAAGAAAUAUGACUGCAGAAACUUUUGAGAUUCUAACCAAUAAGGAGAUCAUUGCUGUUAACCAAGACCCGCUUGGGGUUCAGGGACGGAAAGUUCAUGUCACGGGAACAGAUGGUUGCCUUCAGGUUUGGGCGGGUCCUCUAUCUGGACAUCGACUAGUUGUUGUUCUUUGGAAUCGCUGUUCGAAAGUGGCGACUAUCACUGCUGGAUGGGAUGUACUUGGGCUUGAAUCCAACACCGUUGUCUCAAUUAGAGAUUUGUGGCAGCAAAAAGACAUCACAGGAGAUGCAGUGUCAUCAUUCAGUGGCCGAGUGGAUGCCCACGACUGUCAGAUUUAUAUUUUCACCCCCAAGACAGUGUCUCGCUUUGUGAUUUAGGUCAUCGUACCAUUAGCCCAUUGGAUGUUCAGCUGUUUUAGGUUUAAAGCAUUUUAUGCAGCUUGUUGGACCCCUUGGCAACAUUUUAACAGUAGUGUGGGUCCUUCUCAUGCAUUACAGAUACUGUCGCCAGGUUGUGUAUUGAGUUUUUGGUGGUUACCAAGCAAUACCUGUAACAUAUUGUUCAUACAAAUGAAAAUUAAAUCCUGUAAUGUAUGUAGUGCAAAGACUGCUGCGAAUAAUAAUAGAGAAAAGAUAUUU